AUGACGAAUUUGUUUGAGCUGCCUGAGCAACUGAAGGUUAUUCCAGAUGGCAGCGAUAUCGUGAACAGUGUCAAGAGAGACGUACAGCCCGGCACGCCAAUCGUUAUCGACAACGGCACUACACAGCUCAGAGCAGGCUUCGCGGAUCAAGACAAUCCCAGUAUUAUCGCUAGGAAUGAAGGUUCGCGCUAUAAAGAACGCAGGACAAAUCGCAAUAUGAUGAUCUAUGGCGACGCGUUGGAGCUCGACAGCGCGAGUAAAACUCAAUCAAAGAUUCCACACGAAUCUGGGAUAGUUACUUCGUGGGAUAUGAUGGAACAUGGACUCGAUUGGACAUUCCUUAGAUUGGGAUUGGAGACUACACCACCUCCAAUCGUCAUGUCUGAACCUUUAUGCAAUCUCCCUUACCCUCGUUCGCAGAUGUCGGAGCUUCUUUUCGAAGCAUACUCAACACCAAAAGUCUCUUAUGGUGUAGACAGUCUCUAUUCCUUCUACAAUUCGUAUCAUAUGUCAGAUGGACUGAUCAUUAAUACAUCCUCAAACACUACCUCAGUUGUUCCUGUGUUGGAUGGCAAGGGUAUCUUCUCUGCUUGCAAGAGAGUGUCUUGGGGUGGUAUGCAAGCUUCUGAUUUGUUAUUGCGGAUGAUUCAGUUGAAAUAUCCCGCGUUCCCGACAAAAGUUUCAUCAAUACAAGCCAGUCACAUUCUCGAAAAUUAUGGAACUUACGCUAAUGAUUAUAGCGAUUUCAUCAAGGGAAUGGAAGAUCCUGAUCAAUUAAAAAAAUCAGACUACGUCAUACAAUUCCCUUAUGUUGCACCUGUUUUUGAUGGGAAAUCCGCAGAAGAACUUGAACGCCAAGCCGAGAAAAAGCGUGAAGCUGGUAGGAGACUUCAAGAACAAGCGGCUAAGACGCGAUCUGAGAAGUUGGUCAACAAAGAAGCUGAGAUCAAGUGGAUGGAACAGCUCCGCGAGACAAAAGCAAAAGAACCUGCUAAUGUUUACCUCCGUAAGCUGCAAGAAGAAGGGUUUGAUGACGAAAAAGAUCUAGAGGAUCUUUACAAACGUACCGUUAAGACUCUGCAGCAAGGAAGAGAUCGUGAACUUGGUAUUGAAGAACCGACUGAAAAGGAAACGCCCAAAUUUACACUUGUAGACAUUCCUGAUGCGCAAUUGAAUGAGGAAGAACUGAAAGAGAAAAAAAAGCAGAGGUUGCUGAAGGCCGGCUACGAUGCUCGUAUGCGCGCCAAAGAAGAGAAAGAGGCUGAAGCCAAGAAAUUGGAAGAUAAAGCGAGGAUGGAUGCUUAUGAGAAGGAGCAUCACUUUGACCGGUGGUUACAGAAAUUGCGUGAUGACUACAAUAACGCCCUCGCUCGUCAAAAAGAAAAAGAGAGAAUGAAGUACGCACUGGCUGACAGAAAGUCAGCUGCUGCGCAGAACCGUAUGCGCAACAUUGCAGACUUAGCUCACGAAGGCAAGACAGAGGCAGCAAGCAAAGGACUGAAACGUGGUCGCAAAAAGAAAGAAGAAAAGGAAGUAGAUGACGACAGGUUCGGCGAGAAUGAUUCAGAUUGGAAAAUAUACAAAGAUAUAAAAAACGAGAACGACAGUGAAGACGAAGAAGAUGAGGCUCUGCAGCUCGAUGAACUGGAAGCAAGGUUAUUAGAGAAUGAUGUGGACUUUACAGCGGAGCAUACUCGUCUAAGCAAACUAAAGGCGCAGCGUCGACUGCUCAAUACGUUCUACUAUGGUGGUGAAGAUCCGUAUGAAGACGACAGGGGUGAUGCCGACCAAACUGAGACUCCAGAGCAGGUCAAGCAAUCUCACCAGCUUCAUCUCAAUAUUGAGAGAUAUCGCGUACCUGAAGUACUCUUCCAGCCUAGCAUUGCGGGAUCUGAUAAGGCUGGUCUAGUCGAGAUGGUGAAUCAUGUACUCAAGUCGUUCAGCUUCCAAGAAAAGAGUAGACUACUGGGCAAUAUUCAUUUGACUGGUGGAUUCGCAGGUAUAUCGAACUUCGAUAACAAGGUCUACAACUCCCUCAAACCCAUUGUGCCUGUUGGGAGUGCUUUCAAGGUGACGCGCACGCCUGAUCCACGCUUUGACGCUUGGAGGGGCAUGGCGAAGUGGGCGCGUACGUCGGACGGCGUGGAAGGUUGGGUGACUAAGGAGAUGUGGGAUGAAGAAGGCCCUGAUAGGCUUGAAGCUAGAGGUGCUUAUAGACACGCUUUGACUUGGUAA